AUGGACACUUGUUCCCAGACGCAAUCAUCCGGCUCAAUAUCGCAGAGAAUAUAUGACUAUGCACCUUCCAGCGUAGUCAGUACUGUGAGCUCCUCUUGGGAUGAUGUUGAACAUGAUUACGAUGCGCACGCUACAUCCCAGGUCGAAGAGAUGUUGGAGCAACUCGAAACGUUUCUAUAUCAUGAAAGCGAUACCCUCAUUGGUAAUCAGCAAUUGAUGGAGGAAUGCGUAGAAUGGUCUUCCCUUUUCCCCCAUUUGCGUGUACGUGGACAUCAGAUUCUCCCCACGAAAGAUUUGGGGUAUGAAAUUAUACCGAGGAGUGAACUUCGAUGCCAUUCUCCAUAUUUUUUUGUUCCUGAGAAUCCAAUUGAGCACAACUCAGCAUCCCUUUAUUCACCAAAGCCGUGCCAUGCCUCUUACCCAGACUCGCUACCUUUUGUUGAAGGAAUUGGUCUCAGUAACGAUAUUGUUGCUCGAAAAUUUAUGCUGGAGGCAGUUGAUCAGAUUUAUGACCACGCGAAAGAGCCAACUGGCCCAAACGGAAAUUGGCCGUACUAUGCAAGGAGCUUGUUUGAUUGGUCGGAUCCUAAAGUACAAGAAGCUAUAAAAGGAUUGCUGAAUCAUGACCGACGAAAUGGGCACACUCGCUGGCUGAUCUUUCGAUACUUUAAAACACUCCACGGGCAGGAGGGAAAAGCAGGAAUCGGUGAGGAGGAGGAAGAUCGCUGUCCAACUCCAACACCGGAGAACCCAAACCCACAACCUUCGUAUCUUCCAAUGGAGUUUUCACCGAUACCCGAUACGACGUACAGCGUUGAACUCUUCGCGAAUGGACCUGGCGGUGUAGAUGCACUGAAGAAACACUUAGGCAAUCAUCUAAGAGAUUUGCAAGAUGAUCAGUAUUUUGCACUAUUAUCAUUCCGCGUGGAAUCUUGUGCUAGCUUGUGCAAGACCACCGUAGCGGAUUGGGCCAUAGCUUUCAUUGGCUUGCAAAAACUCUUUGACCACCCUGGAAGCUGCGCAAGUGAACUCAAGUUGGACGUCACGAAAAUCUCGACUCCACCUUUGGACACUGCGCCCCUUCAGACAACCCAUAUCGUGAAUAUUUAUGACGUAUUGAUGAUGCUCCCGGACCACGACCUCAACAGCGUAGCAUUAUAUGAGUAUUUGGUACCUUCGUUCGAAGAUCUACUGAGAAUACCCGCGGAAUCAGUGAUGUCCUCUCUGACGAUGAUCGACGAUGGCGCUACGCCGUGCGUCAACCAUAAGCACGAAGAAGUCUUUGCCGAAAACGGCGAAGUCGAUGAGUGGUUUGCGUGCGAUACUCAAACUGCCGAGGACCUAGAGGAUAAAAAGAUUAAACGGUACUCACAUCAACGUCAAGCUAUACCUCCAAUGACACCAAAUGCCAGCAUUCGGCAGGAUAUAGUAGGACAUAUAUUUGAUGACAUAUGGUCGGAGUUGGUUCCCAUGUUCCAUCCACUUAUUGACGCAUUGUCCGCCACACUAAGAGGUUCAGAAGCGGAUGAACACGACAAUGUCCACGCGACCAGUGGACAAGGAGGAUUGGGGUACCCUGAAAUGCUGUUUCAGGAUGAUAGCGACGACGAUGGCCUACUCAGUGCCAUCACAAUUCGCCCGGUUUCACUGCAAAAGCGGGAAUCCUCAGCUCGUGUUCGCGCGACGCACGACAUUUUUGUAACUCCGGCGAAUAGUCUGCUCAUUUUAGAGGCGUCGUCAACAUCGCGCCCGGCAUCUGCGCGCCCAACGUCUGCACGAACUACUGUGUCUGCGCGGCCAACAUCCGCGCGUCCCACGUCUGGACGUAUUGCAGAUGUCUUCAAUCAUUCUCAGCACCAGAGCCAUGCUGUCAGGCUGCAAAGCGCCGCACCAAAACAAGGCGGGCACAACUGGAAGCGAAACAAUCCGGGCAUGCGACUAUUACCAUUACCAGCUGUGCCUGGCCCUGCGACAGUCAACGCCAUCCCCACUGCCUUGAACGAUAUGAUAUAUGGGACGAGCAUAGGAAUAGGACAAACCAGGAUCGCUCCGUCAAAUGCCUGGGAGUCAUCUAGGCCUUCUACCUCCGUAACUGGGAACACUCAUCUUUCGAAACGGCUACCACCUAUUCGGAGUAUGGGCUCCCAUUCUCACGAGGUGCUUGACACCGUGGCCCCGUCUAAGUCUACCCGUCAUGUAUUAUUUGAGACGCCAGAUGUGGCCGACAUACAAGCACAGCGGACUAGAGCUACAUCACCGCGACCAUUUUCGGCAAGAAGGCAGCCCUCUGCGGGCCUACGUCGUCACCGUCCGCACACAGCAAUGCUUGAUGAUUCCAGAUCCAUCGCAAAUGCUGCUCCUUCAAACCGGACAGCUGCAAAGUAUAUUCCCCGCAAUUUUUUUUCGCAUGCCGCGGCAAUAGCCAGCUUGAACGAGGAUCAGCAUAUCGUAAUGGGAACUAGAGUGGCUCGACGAGGGGUGAAGUCAGCCAUUAGCCGACGAAAGACAGCGACAAACGUGUAUUAA